UUCGAUGAGAUGAUAUUCUAUUUGCAAAACAGAUACUGCAGUCUAUUCGUGUGAUCCGACGACACCCGUGCAUAAGGAAUUCUGACCUACGAUAGUGCGUGUGAUGACUCGCUUAUUGACUUUGAAGAUCUACUGACUAUAUCUCUACACAACGACUACGGCAGUGGCAACGGGUUUGCCGAUUCGACUACGGGUGAAUUUCCACGCGAACCGAGUGUUGAACAGGUGAUCAUAGAUUUGACAGCCGAACACGAGGGGGACGAAGUGAUAGAACUUUCAGAUCCCUUGUGGGAGGAGGGGUUCAACGGUGAUGCUGCAGAGGUCCUGCCGCUAUACGAAAACUGUAUCGGGUGCAGCGAUUGCGAGCCAGGCUGUAGCAACUCACACCAGAGCGGAUGGGGGCAGUCAUCCGGGGCUAGCAAUCAUAGCGCAUGCGCCGAUGAUGAGUCGGACUGGUCCGAGUCGCAGAUGAACGCUAGUGAUCAAGCCUUCGGGGUUGAUGACGACGAAUUACCAUCGAGUGGUCAACAGACACCAAACAGUAUUCAAGCUCCCAUCGAUGAAAACUUAUUCGAACAGAUUGAAAAUCCUCAACCGGUUCAUGAAUUUGGCAACAGAAUACUGGGUCAAAUUGAACAGUUUAAAAACCAUUUUGACAAUCGUGACCGUGAGCUUCAUAGCAGAUUAGACACUUUCGACCGCAAACUUCAGCAGUUAGACGAUCGUGUACGUCAGAUUUAUGUUCAGCUGGAUGCUCAUGAUGGUGCUAUUCACUUGGGUCUAGAUAGACAGCGUUUAGCUAUAGAGGAAAUAGCUCGUGAUUUACGCCACCAAAUUCAAACUACCGACAAUUCAAUCGGUCGUUUGCACAACUUAACGCAAGAACAGAUAAGAGAAAGACGUCUAAUGUUCGAAGCCGUGUAUGCUAUGGUUUUCCCGAUAUUUUAUCCAUAGUGCAAAUUUUAUAAGACAUAGCAUUUUUACUCUAUAUCCGAUGGUAUUUUACAUUUAUCUACCUCGUGUUUAAGAUAUUACCAUAUAUCUACCUCAUGUUUUAGCAUGUAUUUUGUUUUUAUCUAGCAUUUAUCUACCUCAUAUGUUUUUUUGGUUUUAGCAUUUAUCUACCGCAUGUUUUAUCAUUUAUUUUGUUUUCAUCUAGCGUUUAUCUACCUCAUGUGUUUAUGGUUUUAGCAAUUAUCUACAGCAUGUUUUAUCAUAUAUCUACCUCAUGUUUUAGCAAUCAUCUAUAGCAUGUUUUAUCAUAUAUCUACCUCAUGUUUUAGCAAUUAUCUAUCUCAUGUUUAAGAUUUUACUGUUAUCUACUUUUUGUAAUAUCUGAAAAUUAAUGUACAAUGAAUAAUGAAAAUUGUUCAGACGCUGCACAUAGCUGCCAUUCUCUUUCAGAUCAGUCACAGGGUGCACUGUCUGAAGAGGCUUGUAGGUCGCAACAACAAUUGUUAAAUGCUUAUCCGAAUUCCGAGUCGUCGCAGCAAUUCACCCAUUUUGAUUCGGACCCUCAACUACAAGAACUGUUAAAUACACUUUAUGCAUACACACACCAAGAUGGCGGCGCGCUACCAAGCACCUCAGGUCCAUCUGCUACCUCGGCACCCCCUACAGACGCUAUCGAACCCAUACAGACGCCCCCUUUUGAUACACCGUCACUGAGCACAGUUGACAUCGAAGCGUUGAUACGCGAUGGUGGAACCGUAAAUGACUUUCACGUUUAUCCGAGACCUCGUUUCAAUAGCGUGGAACUGCAAAGAUCCAUGAAUCUGAGAGAGAUUAGAGCCACAGAUUUAGCAUCGUAUCACAUACGCCUGCACGACACCAUGAACGAAAUGGUAACAUUCGCCAGACGAAUCGGAGGUGACAACAGUGUGAUCAAUUUCACACUAAGAGCUCCGCGUCUCAAUUCUGAUGUAUCUGUAAUUUUAUCCCCAGGAAAUAAUUACGACGUCACGCUAUUUACAGAUCAAAUAGAAAAAAUUUUACAGAGCGACGAGCGACUAUUGUGUGAUGAUAUGGUCGAGAUAGGCGCUACCGUGGCAAUGAACAGACAGGGAGGUGUUCGACGCAAACUUACGGAUUUGGCUCUUGACCAGGUGAUCAAAAGAAAAAAGACGAGUUUGUUUUGUCCUAUGAAUAUCUCUAAUAAUUUGUGCUUUUCUAUCUGUCUCGCACAUUUUCUCGAUCCCGCACUACCUGAGAGCGACCUGGAAAGACGCGCCGCGGUCAUUCAAAAUGACGCGGGAUUCUCGAUUCAAGACAAGAUAGGCCUUUGCGACAUAGCGAAGUUUGAAAGUCUGUAUGACGUCAAAAUAGUUGUUUUUUACAGAACAACGGAUGGACCGGUAGAAACAUUCGCAAAUCAGAGCGAUCCGCAUCCGAAAACGUUGCACCUCUAUUUACACGACGAGCACUUUUACACGAUUCUCAAUCUAAAGGCGUUCAUCGGCUCCAGCCACGUAUGCAGGUUCUGCUAUAAAGGCUACAACGACGUUAAACUUCACCACUGUAGUCGGAUCUGCAACGUGUGUUUCGAUCCCGAUUGCUACAAACAUCCUAAAAGAACCGUACAUUGCGCCGAUUGUUUGCGUUUUUGCAAAUCCGAUUACUGUUACAAAGCACACAAGAAGAUUCCCCUAGGCAGAGACCGUGUGCCGUGCGAUAUGAUAAAAUACUGUAAGUUGUGCAACAGACGCUACGAUGUUUCAGGCGCUAGAGUUAAGCACGAAUGCAAGCCCGUCCAAUGUGUCCAUUGCGGCGAAGAUCUCGGGACCGAGGGACUGCAUCAGUGUUUUAUUCGCCCUAUAAAUCCCAAGGAUACUAGCGAGAAGUACAUCUUCUACGAUUUUGAAACCCGUUACGAAAACGGAAAACACGUAGCCAACUUUGUAUGUGCGAUCACUUUUCAAGGUGAGAAAUUUGUAGCGGAGGGACCCUACUGCGUAUCGUACCUAAUCAACAAUUUCAGGCAACGCCGAUACAAAGGCUACACUUUCAUAGCCCACUAUGCGUCCAAAUUCGAUUCUUUUCUCAUUUUGGAAUAUUUUUGCAAAGCUGGGCUUACGUUGGACAUCAUCAUGCAAGGAUGCAAAUUAAUCUACAUGUAUGACAGCGUGUAUGCUCAGCGAUAUAUCGACAGCUACUCCUUCAUUCCCAUGGCCUUGUCUAAGAUGCCUGCAGCGUUAAACUUGACUACUACGGAAAAAGGAUACUUCCCCCAUCAUUUCAACAGGUUGGAAAAUGAAAGCUAUGUAGGCCCAUACCCAGAUAAAAAGUUUUACGGCUACGAUAACAUGACCGACAAAAACCAGGCAAAGUUUGACGAGUGGUACGCCACCGUCUCUGAUAAAGUCUUUGACUUCCGACAAGAGCUGUACGAGUACGGCGUGAACGACGUGGUCUUAUUACGAGAAGGUUGCAUGAAAUACCGCGAUGCGUUCAUCGCAUGCACCGAGCUCGAUCCCUUCAACUUUACAACGCUGGCUAGUUGUUGUAUGGGGGUGUUUAAAACGCAUUAUCUCGACAGUAAGACGCUGGCUCUUACGCACAACAACGCGUACGUUCAAAAGAGUAAGACGUACUCGAACGCUUCGAUCGAAUGGCUCGAGUAUGUUAAAAAGACUCGAAACUUGGACAUUCACCAUGCCCUGAACCACGGUGAAGUGUCUAUCGGUAAAUAUUACCUGGACGGGUUCGCGGAAAUCCAAGGUACGCGAUACGGGCUCGAAUUUGCCGGUUGUACGUUCCACGGUCAUUCGUGCAAGUAUCCGCCGCAUUACACGCAUCCCAUGUCGGCCGUACCCUACGGCGUUCUCAGGAGACAGUUUGACGAAAAGGUUGAUAUUCUGCAGAAUGCGUACGGGUUAAAAAUCGAGGUGAUGUGGGAGUGCGAAUGGACCAAAAUGAAACGAGACGAUCCCUCGGUAAAAGAAUUUAUGAGUACCUACUCUGCUCCAGAGCGACUGAAGCCCAGAGACGCUCUCUUUGGCGGUCGAACGAACGCCUACAAACUCUAUCACAAAACGGCAGAAGGAGAAAGAAUAAGCUAUGUCGAUUUCACCAGUUUGUAUCCCUUCUGUCAGUCUACGAAAACCUACCCCAUCGGUCACCCCGAAAUCAUUUUCAAUGAUUUCGAGCCGAUCGAAAACUAUUACGGUCUUAUCAAGGCCGUCGUGUACCCUCCCCGUAAAUUACUGCACCCCGUCUUGCCGUAUAGAUGCAAUGGAAAAUUAUUUUUUCCACUGUGUCGUACUUGCGCGCAUGCUGAAAAUCAGACGUCGUGCUGCAGUCACACGGAUGAAGAAAGGGCGCUCUCAGGUAGCUGGGUCAGUAUUGAGCUUUUGAAGGCCGUCGAGAAGGGGUACGUGAUCGCUAGGAUCGAUGAAGUUUGGCAUUUUCCCCAGCGUUCUGAUACGUUGUUUCGUGAAUACGUGAAAACGUUUUUGCGAUUGAAACAGCAAGCGUCCGGCUACCCCGCGAACGUUGUCACGGACGCGGACAAAGCAAAGUACAUCCGAGAUUAUUACAAAAAAGAGGGGAUACGUCUCGACCCCGAAAAGAUCAGUUACAAUCCUGCUCAGAGAUCCAUCAAUAAACUACUGUUGAAUUCUCUUUGGGGGCGGUUUUCUAUGCGCGAGAACCUUCCCAAAACGCUACUCGUGAAAAAACCUGAAGAUUUCACCAGAAUUGUUUUCAACGCAACCACAUCGCUGAAAUAUUUCACGUUCGUCUCGGACGACGUGGCUCUCGUGCAGUUUCAAAAACCCGAAGGCGAAUUGUGCAAAACAAACGACAUUAACGUGUUCGUAGGGGCAUUUACGACCGCUCAUGCGCGACUGGAGUUGUACGAACUCAUGGAUAAACUCGGCGAUCGUUUGUUAUACUCUGACACAGACAGCGUUAUAUUCGUUUCAAGGGACGGCGACUGGGACCCCCCGCUGGGGGAUUAUCUGGGGGAGCUGACGAACGAAUUGGACGACGGUGAUUUCAUAACAGAGUUCUGUUCUAGCGGACCAAAGUCUUACGGCUAUCGUACCGCUAAAGGCAAGGUGACUAUGAAGGCUAAGGGAAUAACCCUAAACGCAAAAAAUUCUCAAACGAUCCGAUUAGACACUCUGAUUGAUCUGGUCGACGGCUAUGCUAAAUCGCGCGAUAACUCGCGAUGCCUCCUGGCGCACACUGAGAACAUUGUGAGAGAUAAAAAGCAUCUCACGCUGCACAACAAAUCAGUCGUCAAAAGGUUCAGGCCAGUAUAUAACAAAAGAAGACUGUUGGGAAACGGCUGCACCCUUCCGUAUGGGUUCUGAACACAGGGGCAUGCGGGAGGCUUCUAAUUUUGAUUUCAGGCUCCAACACCCUUUCUCAUGCAUCGUCAGUGGCCCCUCCAAUUCAGGAAAGUCUUUUUUCGUUAAACUGUUGUUGGAAAAUGCUACGAAUGUGAUUUCUAAAAAGAUUGAUCGCAUUGUGUUCUUGUACGAUUGUUGGCAACCUCUGUAUGAUGAACUGCUUAAAUUGUACAACAUUAAAUUUGUUGAAGGAAUACCACAGAGUCUGAAUGAUGAUGAUUUAUUCCCGAACGAUCAGAAUUCGUUACUCGUGCUAGACGACUGUAUGGACGAGGCUAGCGCAAACAAGGAGGUCCAAAAGGUUUUUACUCAGUAUGUCCACCAUCGAAAUCUCAGCGCUAUUUAUAUCGUACAGAAUUUAUUUGCACAAGGAAAAUCCAGUAGAACCAUCAGCUUGAACACCAAUUAUUUGAUUCUGUUUAAAAACCCCCGCGAUGCCAAUCAGGUCGCUGUGCUGGGUCGUCAAAUGUAUCCCGGUAAUGCAAAAUAUUUUAUGGAGUGUUAUCAAGACGCGACCAGCCAACCCUUCGGAUAUUUAUUGAUAGACUAUAAAGCGAAAACUCCUGAACAAUAUCGUCUCAGAACCGGAUUGCUUUCCGACAGCCAAGUGGUUUAUCUCCCGAAAAAAAGAAGACCGUAAUCGAUCGUCAUGUCUGCGAGACUUCGAAAACAUUUGCCUCUGUUAAAGAUGCUACAUAAGGCUACGCCUAAACAGAGGUUACUUAUUUUACAAUCGGCAUCUGACGAGCUCAUUUUAACGCUGUGCGAAGUAGCUCUUAACAUCUUAUACGGCACGAUUCCGAUCAGACCCAAAGAUUAUCGCAAACUGAAAAAGAGAAGAGCGGAGAUUAAACUGGUAGCCGAUAAAAAAAUCAGCCUGUCUGCCAAGAAGCGCGUUUUGAACCAGAAGGGUGGAUUUCUUUUGCCUCUACUCAGCGUGGCGGUCCCCUUUAUUUCCAGCUUAAUAGCUUCUAAAACGGGGUGAUUAUGGAGUAUGCGGAGAAAAUGUAUUUAGUCCCGCGCCACCAACUGGACAAGCUGAAAUCUGAAAACGCUCGUGAGAACAUACAGCAAGUUGUCGAAAAUGAUCUGGACACUUCCAUAAGAAACAUUUUACUAAGGUCCGAUUUGGAUCAAUACGAAAAGGUCAAACUUUACUCCAACAUCCUGACGAGGUAUUUAGCGGUCGUUAAACAAGGGGAUCAAGAGAGCGCCGCUUUAACGCUGUCCUUACCACAAACCACCAGCAUCGUCGCCGAUCGCAAAGACGACAAAGACGAGGCUGAGAUGGACGCUGUUGCUGACGAAGUGAUGAAGAACGUACCCUCUAGAAGCGUGAAAAACAGUCGGUACAUAUUAGAAAAAAUGACCAAAGCUAAAGAUCUGUCUGCGUGGAACACGUCGGGGGAGUUUGUGUUUAAGGGACGGCCUAUUCCGGGGUCGCACAUGCUCGAUUUGAUAAAAAGCAUUACUAACCCCCAAAAGGUCAGAGAUGAUCGAAGACCGAUGGGGUGGAGCGAGUUUCUACAAGCCUUUGCCGAAUUAAACAUACCCUUUUCCACAGUUCCGAGUCAACAUGUUAGACGGGCUAUUCAUUCCUUAAGAGGAACGCCUUCGCGGUCCACACCCCCGAUAACUCAUUCUAAAAAAGCUAUGAAGCGUUUACACGCGUCUACGCCGCGAAUCGAUGAUUCAGAAGCAAUGUUUAAAUCCCCUUCUAUCGACCGAAGAGCAUGGAUGGAAUUUUGAUGUACAACUACAGAUUUUAUAAUAAAAACAGUAAACAUAGAAUGUCUUUGAGUCUUUAUUUAAAUACACCAUAAUCUCAU